AUGCUCAUCUCAUCACUAAUGGCAUGGAUUAAUGGGGCUUCGUCUUUGAGCGUCGCCGUCGCCCUUUUUAUACUCUUAUCUCCUCGCCCUGGCCUCGCUUCACAUCCUUACCUGUAGUUUUCCUCACUCCCUUGACCCCCGCCCGUCCCUAACUAAAGCCACUAGCGGUAGUAAUCCUUGUCAAGCCGGGUGACACCGCGGAGGGAGCGGAGCAUGGAGGCCAUGGACGUCAAGUACCGGCCGGCCCUCUACCCCAACGGCUCCGUCAAGAAGCUCCGGCAGGCGGCCGCGCCGCCGCCGCCGCCGGUGGAGGCCGUGCCCACGUACAAGGAGUGCCUCAAGAACCACGCGGCGGCCAUCGGCGCGCACGCCGUCGACGGCUGCGGCGAGUGGAUGCCCGUGGUGGAGCUCAACACCGCCGACCCGGCCUCGUAUAAGUGCGCGGCCUGCGGCUGCCACCGCAACUUCCACCGCCUCGUGAUGGUGGAGGGCUCGCCGCCGCCCCCGCCCCCGCCGGCCCUGCUGCCGGCGCCGCCCGUGCCCAUGCCCAUGCCGGCCACCGUGCUCCAUGGCCUGCCGCAGCGCGCGCACGGGCAUGAGACGCCGGAGGACCGGCUCCCGGGCGUCGACGGCGACGACUCUGACUCCGACUCGGAUGGCUCCGAGUACGACGACGAGCGCUCCGUCUCCCCGCCCCAGCACCCUCCGCCCGCGCACCUCCCGGCCCUGGUGGCGCAGCAGCCGCCGCCGUACAUCUCUUCCGCGCCACACCCGCACAUGCUGCUCUCUCUCAACUCCAGCGCGCCGGGGGCGCCGCAGGGCCAGAGCAGGCUCCCCGCCCAGCUCUCGCCGGCGACGGCGCCGCCGCCCCACGGGAUGAUGCCGGCCAGGAAGCGGUUCCGCACCAAGUUCACCGCGGAGCAGAAGCAGCGGAUGCAGGAGCUGUCGGAGCGGCUGGGGUGGCGGCUGCAGAAGCGCGACGAGGGCGUGGUCGACGAGUGGUGCCGCGACAUCGGCGUCAGCAAGGGCGUCUUCAAGGUCUGGAUGCACAACAACAAGCACAACUACCUCGGCGGCCACAGCGCCCGCCGCAGCGCCUCAGCCGCGGCCUCCUCCGCCGCGACCACCCCCACCGCCCCUGCCGCCGGCGGGCCAUUCCGUCUCGCCCCGGCCAGCCCCGCACCAGGAGCGCCAUUCAACCCCUCCGCCAGCCACAGCUCCCCGGCCCCCACGGGCACGGGCUUCAACAUGAACGGUACCGCCUCCUCCGCCUCCACCGCCACCACCACCGCCACGCCCACCCCCAUCUUCGCCGCCGGCCGCAAGCUGAACGGAGCCUCAUCGCCGCAGUCGGCGUGAGCUAGGGAGAGCAGAGGCAGAGAAGGAGAGGGAAGGAGAAAGGCAAAGACAUUUAGCUUUCAUUUCAGUUAUCAUUGCAUUACUUUUCUUUCUUUCUGUAGUUUGGAUCGAUCGUUGGUUCUACUAAGAAAUUAACCCCAAGAAAGGGCGCCGUCUGAUGUCUAGAAAUCUAAGCUUUAUCUGUUCUUGGGAUCCGAUGGAUGGAAGCUUGCGAUUUAGGAUUAAUUAGAUUAUCUGAUCUCAAAAGUGGCACCUUUCUUGGUCUGUUCUUGUCCCUGUAAGUUCAUCUCCCCUCCGUCCGUCCGUAAUAGAAGUUUAUUUCCUAACUA